GGACCGGGAGCACGCAGGGAAAGGCGCUGGAGAAGCUGCCGUGCAUCCCUCUGGCCUGGAGUGAAUCUCUCACCCCCAUAUCCCACUCUCAGGGAUGCUCUGUGAUGCUGCACAGAUCGCUUCCUUCUCCAUUUCCCUCUGGGUUGCAGAUGAAGGGAAGGGAUUUCCGUAGCGCGGGGUGUCUGGGGCUUGUGCAAGACUCUGGUUUAUGGAUUGGUUUUUAAGAAGAGAAAAAAAAACCCAGCAACCCAGUGCAGCUUCAUUUGGGAGGAAUAUUGUGCUUUUUCUGUGCAUGGAAGCUGCAGAGUCUGGCUGCAGGUGGGGUGUCCUGUCCAGCAGGCAAGAUGUGGCCGUCACUGUCCCUCCUGUGUGUCCUGGUGGCCUUUGCCAGCGCUCGCAGCAUUCCUUACUUCCCUCCUCUCUCCGAUGACCUGGUCAACCACAUAAACAAGCUCAACACCACCUGGAAGGCAGGGCACAACUUCCACAAUGCUGACAUGAGCUAUGUGAAGAAGCUCUGUGGCACCUUCCUGGGUGGGCCCAAGCUCCCUGAGAGGGUGGAUUUUGCUGCAGACGUGGAGCUGCCCGAUAACUUCGACUCGCGGACGCAGUGGCCCAACUGUCCCACCAUCAGUGAGAUCAGAGACCAGGGCUCCUGUGGCUCCUGCUGGGCUUUUGGCGCCGUGGAAGCGAUUUCAGACCGGAUCUGUGUCCACACCAACGCCAAGGUCAGCGUGGAGGUCUCAGCUGAGGACCUGCUGUCGUGCUGUGGCUUUGAGUGUGGCAUGGGGUGCAAUGGUGGUUACCCCUCUGGUGCAUGGAGGUACUGGACAGAGAGGGGCCUCGUGUCCGGGGGUCUCUACGAUUCCCACGUGGGCUGCCGGCCCUACUCCAUCCCCCCCUGCGAGCACCACGUCAAUGGCAGCCGGCCCCCCUGCACCGGGGAGGGCGGGGGCACCCCGAGGUGCAGCCGCCACUGCGAGCCCGGGUACUCGCCCUCUUACAAGGAGGACAAGCACUAUGGCAUCACCUCCUAUGGAGUCCCUCGCAGUGAGAAGGAAAUCAUGGCUGAGAUCUACAAGAAUGGCCCAGUGGAAGGAGCCUUCAUUGUCUAUGAGGAUUUCCUGAUGUACAAAUCUGGAGUCUACCAGCACGUGUCUGGGGAGCAGGUGGGCGGCCACGCCAUCCGCAUCCUGGGCUGGGGCGUGGAGAACGACACUCCCUACUGGCUGGUGGCCAACUCCUGGAACACUGACUGGGGGGAGAACGGCUUCUUCAAGAUCCUGAGAGGAGAGGACCACUGUGGCAUCGAGUCUGAGGUGGUGGCUGGCAUCCCCAGGACGGAGCAGUACUGGAAGAGGAUGUAACUCUGAUCCAACCACAAAUAAUCCUGAGUCCCUGAUGCUUUUAACUGGGUGCAGAGACCCCCCCUUCUAAAAGAGACUCUAGUUCAGGUUACUUUAUUAAAGCUUUUUAUCUUUUUUUUUUUUUUCCAUUUUUUUGUCAAGAUUUUUGGUUUGUUCUUUUUUUUUUUAUUAUUACUAUUUUUGGGUUUGGUUUUGUCUUUUAAAUGGUGGAGCUGGAGGUGGAACUGCUUUCUGCCAACCUCCUGUUUCUGGUGGGUCACAGCAGGACAUUGCUCAGAGGACUGCUGGAGAGCUCACUGGCCUCUUGGGAUUUGGUUAGCCUGGACCCCUUCCAGCCCAGUUUGCUACUGGGAGGGCAGGAAGCUGCAGUUUUAUGCUGGGAUUAGAGGGAUUAUUGCAGAGGUGGAUGCUGCUGGAAAGCCAUGGCCAGGGGAGAUGUGUGCACCCCCAGAUGGGUUGAUCUGACUGUUAGCACCCAAAACAAGCAGGGAAGAAUUUCCUGUGAGUGUGUGCCUUGAACUGGCUAAAUUUAGACCUAUUAACAACAAAAUACUGAUGAACUUGAUGUGGGGGUGGCACCUGCACCAAGCCCCUCGUGCAUUGCCUGCUCUGCUCCAUCCUCCUGGCUUUUCAAACCACUUCUUCAACUCUUCACUGGCUUUUUUAUCUGCUGUAGUCUGGGGUUUGUUGCUGCUGGGGAAGGGCCUGGCUGGAGCUCCAGGAGCCUUUGAUCAAAUAUCCUGCAAGCAUCUGGGAGGGAUCUACUGCUGAGCAGCUUGGUGUGUGCAGGUCAUGGCUGGGAAAGGGUGCAGCACCCAAAUUUGGGGUGCUCUGGGGCUGCAGGUGCUGAAUGCUGAACUGAGGAUGGUUCCCAAGUCUGCUGCAGGGAGCUCAAGCAGAUGCUUGGAGGUGUCUCACUAACUUGGACACAAUUAAAGCUUUUUUUUUUUUUUUUGUUCUUGAGCCACAGGCGUUAAGGAAGGUAAAAAAACCUUAUUUUUGUUACUGGGGGGAGGUGUAAUAGUUGUGUAUAGGAGGAAUCAUGUGAUUUGCCAACACUAAUAGUAGAAAUGAGCUUUUUUUUUAAUUUUAAAGCACAAAAUACUUUACUGAGCUGAGGCUGUGGGUCUGAAACACGUGAAGCAGGCUCUCCUGUAAAAUAGCCCCUUACCUCUGCUUGCUCAGGCACCAGUGAGGCAGAGCUGUGCUGUAUUUGGCUGGAACACCUGUGCCAAUAAAGGAUUUCUCCAA